GUGUAUUGUGCUGCCAGCUUGUAAAAGAUACCAAACAGAUAUAGGCCUACAUACAACUAUUUGAAUUUUAAUGAUUGGGCAUUAAGAUUAAAAUGAUAAAAAGUGAAAUCUAAUCCGGGAAAUUAAUAUUGAUCUACCUUACAUGUAGAUCAGGAAUACAAGGCCUGGAACCUGAUGACCACAUUCCAUUUGAUCAUUCCAUCACUCAUCACCAUCCUUCAUCCGGUGGAUGUCCAGCUUACGGCAAAAGAUAUCGCACUCUCAACUGGGCGAUAUAACCCAGACGACGAUUGACCAGAGAAGUUAAUCAGAAGAGCUCAUCCUCUCUUCCCAAUCGUGUGAAUUCGCUCUCAUCCGCUAUUACCCUCUCUCUGUCCCUCUCUUCAAGCUGCCGAUGCUCAAAUACCAAUUCGUCGUCGGCAAACAUCGCUUCGGAUGCUUGAGAGAGAGGAAGGGGGCGAUAUUGGAUUAUAUUCACCGGCUAUAAUUACACCCAGUGAAUAGCAGAUGGGAUCAGCUGACUGGGUGGCUUGUGAGGACACUGUUUAAACCUGUCAUGGACUUUUGCCUUGGGAAUCAAUGUAGAAGUGAAUAGUGUGUGUGAUCUGUGGACGUCUUAAAGCCAAAGGUGAAGGUUUACUCGGAAAGUACUUGAGAGUUUUAACAUAUUAAAAAGGGGAUGAACUCGUAUGAUAUUUCUUACUAUUGAAUUUUGAUGACUAUGUAUGAGAUGGAUCUGAAUAACAUUGAUGGAUAAAUAUUAUUUGCUUCAUGAAUAUUAAAUCAUUGUCAAGGAAACGAAGCCAGUCCAGUUGACAGUUGGAACUGCUGCCUGGAAGUGACCUCGAUUCACUCAUUUAUUGAGAUUUAUUUUCCCCCCAUUAUGCCUCUCUAUCCUUUUGGGACGAUAUGAAAUUCAGUCUACUGUUCCUAAUGAAUUGCCAGACGUCCAUUAGUGGUGCGGAGUAGAUGCCAUUCAAUGGUUGGUUUUGGAAAUUAAUAAUUAUUUGGAAUACAGGCACAUCUUCUUGUGGUAAUGUGGUAAUUGUAAUCUUGAUCUGCAACAGCAUACAGGACUGUUUUUAACAAGUAGUUCUGAUGAUUUGUGUCUUUAUUUUGGAAGCCUUUGAUUUGAAAUUGUGGAGACAUCAGGAUUCUAGGGUCACAAUCGCAAUGGAGCGAUUCAAAUCUCAUUCUUGCUGAUUUGUACAUGUGGAUACCGCCAAGACUAUAUUACAAAGGGUGAAGGAGCCAUCAAAGAUUGCUAACCAGGAGCUGCGAAACUAACCAGUCAAGAUGACGGACCCGUCCCCUGCCGCGCGCAACCCCAUCAUCCUCUGUAGGACUUGCGGACAGCGCCACCAGCUCCACGACAACCACGUCUACGACUACUGCGAUGUCGUAGACGAGGAACUUACGUGUAAUAUAUGCCUUCAACCACUAGUGAACCCUAUGGAUACUAUGUGUGGACAUACGUUUUGUAUGCGCUGUCUUAGGAGUGUUCUGAACUUGCAUAAAUUCUGUCCGAUCGACCGGAGGCCGUUGACACAGCAGGAUUGCAGAUCGUCAAGUCUUAUCGUCAGAAGGAUGUUAGACAGACUAAUAGUGUUAUGUCCAAACACAGACUUCUGUACAGCAAAGCUACCAAGGAGUGAAUUGGAACCUCACCUAGCUAAUAGAUGCCCUGGACGAAUAGUUGGUCCUGGUGCACCCAUCCGUCAUGGUCAGCUAACUUCAAUAGAAAUCAAUAGAAAACCAAAUAGAGAUCUAGGAAUAUACUUUGUUGGUGGCAAUGAAACUCCACUUAUUGGUGUUGUUAUUCAAGAGGUUAUACCCGGUGAAGUAGUAGCAGAAGACGCAAGGAUAUUACCCGGUGAUCAAAUAGUACAAGUUAAUAGUAGAGAUUUACGUGAUGUUCCUCACAGCAUAGCAAGAGAGGCAUUAUGUGCUGCCGAAUCACCUCUCAGAUUGACUGUAUACCGUGAGAAGCAGGAAUCGAAAGCAGCACCAUUCACCACCAAGGUUCUUCAAGUCUCUCUCACAAAGGUGACAGGAGUGCCUCUAGGUAUCAAGAUAGCUGCUAAACAGAGUGAGCAAGGAAUAUAUAUUAUGGAAGUGUUGGAGAGCAGUCUAGCUCGGAGAGAUGGAAGGUUAAAAUCAGAUGAUAGAGUUCUACAGAUCAAUGGAUUCAAUGUUGAAGAUGAGAUGCCUGAAAGAGUAGCUAGAAUAAUAAGGGACUGUGGCGAUCGCGUUGAGAUGGUGGUCUCACGACAGGUUCAGGUCACGACCCCUGAGGUCAUACAAGGACCCCCAGCAGAGCUUCCGACGGAACCAUUCACAUUGCUAAGACACGCCCUCGCUCCAAAGGUCCGGGCAGAGAAGACUGUCAACAUUAAAAAGGGUUACAAAGAAUGCAUGGGCAUUAGCGUGAGUGGGGGAAAGGGUCAGCGGAAAGGUGAUGUUCCCAUCUUCAUAACAGGCAUACAGGCAGAUGGAUGUGUAGCAAGACAUGGCCAACUAAAGAAAGGAGACAUACUUCUCAGUGUGAACGGUACCAGCCUUUUAGACCUCCCUCACACUGAAGCAGUGAAGGUGCUCAAGGAAUCUGCCAACGCAAGGUCAUUGACCCUAAGUGUCAUCGAGGGUGACACCGACCCUGAUAAUGAAACACAUGGAUACAUUCCCUCCUGGUUGACAUGGCUAUCACUACCCCAAUGCUGUCGUCAAUCCCACCAGAUUACCCUAGAGAAAGGAACCAAUGCCAGCCUUGGUUUUAGCAUCGUGGGGGGUAAUGAUUCUACCCAUGGUCCUCAGCCUAUCUAUGUGAAGACUGUCGUUAGUAACGGCGUUGCAGCAAAGAAUGGCUUAUUAAAAUGUGGUGACAUCAUUGAAUCCGUCAACUCAGUUUCCUUGCUUGAUAUCUCACAUAAAGAAGCCGUGACAUUACUCAAGAACAUUCAACAGAGGGCGCAACUCACUAUUGUUUCCUGGCCGGGUACCAUCAUAUAACAAACAAUCUCUCUCCGGCCAGCUACUAUCAUUCAACAAACAAUUGCUCGCCAGUCCUUAUAGAAUAUAUUUAAAAUAAUUCUCCUUCUUCUUGGGGUCACUGCACAAAUCCUGUGCAGUGGAGGCUACAAGAUCUGGCUUUGGGGUCAAAAGACUCCAGAUCUUCAGUAGAGCAUGGCUCUGGUAGAAGGGGGCAGACCAAUUGGGGUUGCAUUGUCUGAUUCUCCCCACAGUCGCAGGCAGUGUUUCCAUCACUGCUGUACCCCUAUUGCUGCAUAAGGACUUCAUUCUCCUGAAGACGACAAGAAUACACUGUGUGAAACGUCAAGUUUGGGUGGUCCGUUUCACAAUCAACAUAUGUCCACGAAAGAUUAUAUGGUGUUCCGUGUAACCUCUACACUCUAAAAUUAUGGAAUGUUGAUGAAAUUAUCAUUACUUGCUCCUUAGCUAUUUACCAAGCAUUCAGUGACUCGGGAGCGAUGAAGGAAUCCUUCCUGGGGGUGUUUUACAAAGAAAUAAGUAUGACUUAACCCUAAUUCUCCCGGGGGGGGGGGGCCAUAAUGGCCCCCCCCCCUCGACAAUUUUCGCGAUAUAUCCGCUGCGCAAAUUUUUGAGACCAAAUUUGUGACGACCGGAUACGCGGUUACGACAUUACGCAACAUUAUGUAAGUGCAUGUCAGACCCAAAAUUGCUCACAAACGUGAUUUCAUGUACAAAUCCAAUGCAAAUUGUGUAUUUAGCCAAAAUUCAUAAAUGUAUCAUUAUUUCUACUUUUACUGAUUGAAUUUAAUUAAUUUUGCCUUGCUUAUGAUCAGAAUUAAGUCUGGAACGAUUUCCAUUGAAAAAACAAUAAAAAAACAAAAAGUAAAAAAAACAAGGAAAUACAUAAGAAAUUCAUAAAACAAUAAAA